AUGGGACGUCCUCUCCAGGAGCUUAGCAUGGGCAAUCUUGUGGUCCCAGCCCCUGCUGCCCAACUUGUGUCAGCCAGUGAGACCAAAGGAACACUGAGGGUGGAUGAACAGGGAGAUGACGGCUGGAGGAAGCAGACCUACUCUGAAGGACGCUUGCUCGUGGGGGCACCUCGGGCAGAAGCCUUGCCACUGCAGAGGGCCAACAGGACUGGAGGCCUCUACAGCUGUGACAUCACCUCUCGAGGACCGUGCACACGGAUUGAAUUUGAUAAUGAUGCUGAUCCAAUGUCGGAAAGCAAGGAAGAUCAGUGGAUGGGGGUCACUGUCCAGAGCCAAGGUCCAGGGGGCAAAGUGGUGACAUGCGCGCAUCGAUACGAAAAAAGGCAACAUGUUAACACGAAGCAGGAAUCACGGGACAUCUUCGGCAGGUGUUAUGUCCUGAGUCAGAAUCUCAGGAUUGAAGAUGAUAUGGAUGGCGGGGACUGGAGUUUUUGUGAUGGCCGAUUGAGAGGGCAUGAGAAAUUUGGUUCUUGUCAGCAAGGUGUAGCAGCUACUUUUACUAAAGACUUUCAUUACAUUGUGUUUGGAGCCCCGGGUACUUAUAACUGGAAAGGGAUUGUUCGUGUAGAGCAAAAGAAUAACACUUUUUUUGACAUGAACAUCUUUGAAGACGGACCUUACGAAGUUGGUGGAGAGACUGACCAUGAUGAAAGUCUUGUUCCAGUUCCUGCUAACAGUUAUUUAGGCUUUUCCCUGGACUCAGGGAAAGGUAUUGUUUCCAAAGAUGAGAUCACUUUUGUAUCUGGUGCUCCGAGAGCCAAUCACAGUGGAGCUGUGGUGUUGCUAAAACGAGACAUGAAGUCUGCGCAUCUUCUCCCCGAACACAUCUUUGAUGGGGAAGGUCUGGCUUCUUCAUUCGGCUAUGACGUGGCUGUGGUGGACCUCAACAAAGAUGGAUGGCAAGAUAUAGUUAUUGGAGCUCCACAAUACUUUGAUAGAGAUGGGGAAGUUGGAGGUGCAGCAUAUGUCUAUAUUAACCAGCAAGGCAGAUGGAAUAAUGUCAAGCCAAUUCGUCUUAAUGGAACUAAAGACUCUAUGUUUGGAAUUGCAGUCAAAAAUAUUGGAGAUAUUAAUCAAGAUGGCUAUCCAGACAUUGCGGUUGGAGCUCCCUAUGAUGAUCUGGGGAAGGUUUUUAUCUAUCAUGGAUCUGCAAACGGAAUAAAUACCAAACCUACGCAGGUUCUCGAGGGUACAACACCUUACUUUGGAUACUCAAUUGCUGGGAACAUGGACCUCGAUAGGAACUCCUACCCUGACAUUGCUGUUGGUUCCCUUUCAGACUCAGUUGCUAUUUUCAGAUCCCGGCCUGUGAUCAGUGUUCAGAAAAUGAUCACAGUAACUCCGAGCAAAAUUGAUCUCCGCCAGAAAUCCGUGUGUGGGGCCCCCAGCGGGAUCUGCCUCAAGGUGAAAGCCUGUUUCGAAUAUACUGCCAAACCCACUGGUUAUAAUCCUUCAAUCUCAAUUUUGGGCACAUUGGAAGCUGAAAAAGAAAGAAGAAAGUCAGGGCUGUCAUCACGAGUUCAGUUUCGACGCCAAGCCUCUGAGCCCAGGUACACACAGGAGCUCACUCUGAACAGGCAGAAGCAGCGCACUUGCAUGGAGGAAACCCUCUGGCUGCAGGAAAACAUCAGAGACAAAUUACGUCCCAUCCCCAUAACUGCUUCUGUGGAGAUUCAGGAGCCCAACUCUCGCCGGCGUGUGAAUUCCCUACCAGAGGUUCUUCCUAUCCUGAACUCCAAUGAGCCCAAGACGGUCCAUACAGACGUACACUUCUUAAAAGAGGGAUGUGGAGAUGACAAUGUUUGUAACAGCAACCUUAAACUAGAAUAUAAAUUUUGUACCCGAGAAGGAAAUCAGGACAAAUUUUCUUACCUUCCAAUUCAAAAAGGCAUACCAGAACUAGUUCUAAAAGAUCAGAAGGAUAUUGCUUUGGAAAUAACAGUGACAAACAGCCCUUCCAAUCCAAGAGCUCCCCAAAAAGAUGGAGAUGACGCCCACGAGGCUAAACUAGUUGCGACAUUUCCGGACACAUUGACUUACUCUGCAUACCGAGAACUGAGGGCUUUCCCUGAGAAACAGCUGAGUUGCGUUGCCAACCAGAAUGGUUCCCAAGCGGACUGUGAACUCGGAAACCCUUUUAAAAGGAAUUCCAGUGUUACCUUUUAUUUGAUUUUAAGUACAACUGAGGUCACCUUUGACACCACAGACCUGGACAUUAACCUGAAGUUGGAAACAACAAGCAAUCAAGAUAAUUUGGCUCCAAUUACAGCAAAAGCAAAAGUGGUUAUUGAACUGCUUUUAUCGGUCUCUGGAGUUGCUAAACCUUCCCAGGUGUAUUUUGGAGGUUCAGUUGUGGGUGAACAAGCUAUGAAAUCCGAAGAUGAAGUGGGGAGCUUAAUUGAAUAUGAAUUCAGGGUAAUUAAUUUAGGUAAACCUCUUAAAAACCUUGGCACAGCAACCUUGAAUAUUCAGUGGCCUAAAGAAAUCAGCAAUGGCAAAUGGUUGCUUUAUUUGGUGAAAGUGGAAUCCAAAGGAUUGGAAAAGAUAGUUUGCGAGCCACAAAAGGAAAUAAACCUCCUGAAUCUAAAGGAAUCUCACACCUCAAGAAAGAAACGGGCAAUUGCUGAAAAACAGAUAGAUGAGAGCAGAAAAUUUUCCUUAUUUGCUGAAAGAAAAUACCAGACCCUGAAUUGCAGCGUGAAUGCAAGAUGCGUGAACAUCAGGUGCCCACUGCGUGGGCUGGACAGCAAGGCCUCUCUUGUUCUGCGAUCAAGGUUAUGGAACAGCACAUUUUUAGAGGAAUAUUCUAAACUCAACUACUUGGACAUUCUUGUGCGGGCUUCCAUUGAUGUGACCAAUGCUGCAGAGAAUAUCAAGUUGCCCCAUGCAGGCACUCAGGUUCGUGUGACUGUGUUUCCCUCAAAGACUGCAGCUCAGUAUUCAGGAAUAGCUUGGUGGAUCAUCCUGCUGUCCAUUCUUGCUGGGAUUUUGAUGCUUGCUUUGUUAGUAUUUUUACUAUGGAAGUGCGGAUUCUUUAAACGCUCUAGGUACGAUGAUAGUGUCCCCCGAUACCAUGCUGUAAGGAUCCGGAAAGAAGAGCGAGAGAUCAAAGAUGAGAAAUACAAUGAUAACCUUGAAAAAAAACAGUGGAUUACAAAGUGGAAUGAAAAUGAAAGUUACUCCUAGGUGGGAGAAGGGGUGUUCAGAAAAAAAAAGCAUCACCAUACCCAAAAUGCCUUUUUCUUUCCAACUCAGCAAUUCAAAUGGAUUUAAUAAGCCUGUUCAAUACCUGGAAGUUUGAUUUCAGACUGACUCCCCGCAGUACGAACCUACAGUUUUAACUGUGGAUAUUGUUACGCAAACUAAGGCAUCCUGUUUUGCACAGCCAAAUUAAGACCAUUGGAAUGGAUUUUUUUUUUUAACUGCCUUAAUUGAACUUUCCAGGUUGCCUUUGCUUUUGGUGUGGCUGACUUAACCUAUGCUGGGCAAAGGCCUGCCCACUUGCACUCCCAUAGUAUCUCCUGAUAGGGAGCUGGAGGAGGACAUCUAGGAUCACCCACACCAACAGAGUGACUGUUCUAGCCUGCACCGCCAGCAUGCUUCGUGCAGGGGAGAAGCUGUGAGUUCGCUGUCCCCCAGGGGUCCAAGACUCAGUUGAAAGUGCUGUCUUAUGUUAAAUGUGCAAUAGAAGGUGAUGAUGCCAUCCUGCCCUCUCUCUGUUUCCUACAAGUGUGAAUUCUUGCACACACCAAAUGCAUACAGGCUUCACUACAACACACAGGUGCAACAGACUUGAAUGCUAGUUAUACUUAUUUGUAUAUGAUAUUUAUUUUUUCUUCAAACCAUCUUGUUAUUGACUAAACGGCCAAAGAUCCUUCAGGUAGUUUUAAACAAUCAGAAAUUAAAAAAAAAAAAAGACAGAAAGAAAAACAACCAAAAAAAAAAAAAACCCAACAGGAGGUCAUUGGUUUAACCUAAAUUACUUCCUGUGAAAAGAAAAUAAUAGCUCUUUAUAAAUGUACCAGAGUUGCUUUAAUGAUAGAAACAAACUUAUCUGUAAAUGAUAACAUUUUCUUAUGGCAACCCCUUCCCUAAACAAGGGUUAACCUUUUCAUUCUCAUCCAACACCUGGUAUUUAGUAGUUAGAGCCCUCUGUGAUAUU